AUGAAUCGCAUGCCUCCUCCAGAGGGGCACCAUGCGCACCCAGGCCCGCAUGCAGCAUACGACUCAUGGCGCCCUGCAUACCCCCCGCCCUUCGAUAGCCAUCACCCCGACUCUCGUCGCACCUCAAAUUCUCAGCCACCCCUACCACCUCAACCUCCUGGAUAUCCCGUCAUGCCGAACCGUGAAUUGCCACAAAUCACACCGGAAGGCCCAUAUGGCCGUCCCAAUGGUCACGGCCUGCCCCCGCACGCGCCCGUGCAUUCCCCGCAGGAUCCAACUCCCCCUCACCCAAGCUUCCACCAGCCCAUCAACGGUGCGCCGCACGAGGCCUCGCCAGACUAUCGCGCUCGCAUGGGCUACCCGCCCCCAGAUCAGAUGAGCAAUGGCGAACAUACACCGGUUUCCGGCGCGUUACCGCCCGCUUCGCAAUUCAUGAACCCCGCUCCCCAAAUAGUUGCCGGUUCGACGCCGCCUGGUGCGUACGAUCCAGGCUAUUACCAGAAUCAGGCGAUGGGAGCGCGUCAGCGCAAGGCAAACCGGGCUACACAGGCGUGCGAUCAAUGCCGAGCUAGGAAAGCAAAAUGUGACGAGGGAAGACCGCAUUGUAGUCACUGCAAAGAGAACAGCUUGGGUUGUGUCUAUAAAGAGGUACCACCACACAAGCAAGAAAAGACCACCCAGCUAUUAUUGGAUAAGAUGACUGCGAUGCAGGUCCUCCUGGAAGAUCGACUCCAGCAACUGGAAGAGAAAUUGCUCAAAGAAAAGGCCGAAAAAACGCCUCCGACGGUUGAAGCGCGUCCGGUCCUCCCACCACCGGUCGUGAAGUCGGACCCUCCUCUCAAAACUGAGAUGCCGCCAACUCAGAUGGCGCAGACUCAGGCAGGACAGACUCAGAUGCCGCAAACUCAUACUUCACCUCCCAAUGCUUUGGAUCCCGGGAGUGCAGAGAUGCCUGCCCCUGCCCAGAGAAUCCCGGCCUCCGCCAUCCCUGCCCAGAACAUGGUACCAGUGGACUCGAGGUUUGAUGACUCGAUAACUGAGGCCGAGGGAGAGCUAUCGAUCCCGGUGGAGCACACUACUGCAGCCCACAAGCUAUUGAUGUGGCCUUCAAUCAAGAAGCUGCUGAUCCCCGAAGAAUAUGACGAGGAUUAUGUGAUGCGAUUGGAAGAAGAGCGCGGUCUUAUCAGUAUCUAUGGUCAAGGCGAAAUCUCAUUCACGGCCGAUGACAGUGAAUUACCAAUGGGGGAAAAUCUCGAUGGUGUCCGAACUGAUGGGGAUGGUGCGGGCCCUGAUUCUGACGCCGAGAUUGACAAGUUUGGUAACUUGAAGCUGGAUGCCGUGACUGCUCGUCGCUAUUAUCAGAGUUAUCUCGACAACAUGUUCAAACUUCACCCGUUCCUUAUGCAAAGUGAACUUGAGAUAAAGGUCACCAACUUUAUCCGCAUCUAUUGUCGUCCCAACUCCUCCCCGAGCUUGAGCUCGAAUUACACCAGACCAGCUCGUGAUGGUCCUCCACCCGCCAAACGGAGGCGAUCCAACGAGAAUCCAGGUGGGUGUGGAGAGUUCAUGGAGACUAUCUCCAACCCGCUGCGGCCACGAGUUGGUAAAAAUAUCGACAAUGCCGUGGUUUUGCUAUGCAUGGCGCUUGGUGCUAUCUGCGAAACCAGUGCUCCUCUUCCUGGGCCUAUUAUGGACGAGAAGAUUGAUUUCCGCCGCCAGUAUAUUCCUGAUCCACUCCCACCAGUUGUUCCCGCCCAGCCUGCGAACGCAACAUUUGCCGCCAACGGAGUGCUUUCCCCGCCAAACUCGGAUCCGUCCAUGCCGAUGUCGCUUUCGCAUUCCAUGUAUGUGCUGCCAAUGCAGACCACUCCUAGCCAGUCUUUUUCCACUACCACCUCCACCCUAGGCGAGAGCCGAAAAAGCUUGUCACGGCGAACCGUGUCAUCGACGAUGGAUGAAAAGGGCCGUACAAAGAACUAUCAGGUCAUUCCGGGCCUGACUCUCUAUGGAUACGGGACCGCGAUCUUGGGUCAUCUGCAAGGUGCCAACGAGGUGGAACAUGUCCAAUCCGCACUGCUUGCUGGGCUUUAUGCUGGCCAGCUGGCUCAUCCUUUCCAGAGUCACAGUUGGAUCUCUCAGGCGUCAAGGGCUUGCCAGGUGCUCGUGAGAACAAAGCGAUAUGAACGACUCGAGGAGGGGCCUAUGCAGGACUUGUACAAUUUCGCAUACUGGACAUGUCUGCAGUUGGAGAGUGAUUUGCUCGCCGAGCUUGAUAUCCCAGCGAGUGGUAUCUCGCGUUCCGAGGGACGAAUGGAGCUCCCGAAAGGGAAAUUUACCAUUACCCUACCUAACGAUCUCAACGCGCCUCAAACCAUGAUGAUGCUGUUUUAUUCGGCCCAAAUCCACCUGCGCAAAGUCUUGAAUCGGGUACACACUGAUUUGUACAAGGUCGAAAAGCAAGGCCAGAUGCGAUGGUCAUCAACUGUACAGGAGGCUUUGAGUCUGAACCUCGAUCUCUGGCGCGGAAGCCUACCUCUAAGCAUGCAGUGGGACGAAAGCGACCCGCCAGCAAACGAAAUCAAUGCUGCUCGUAUGCGCGCCAAGUAUUACGGUGCUCGGUAUAUCAUCCACCGACCUCUACUCUAUCACGCAUUGCACUAUGGCCAUACUGGUGCUCGUGUCGGUCCAGUCGGCCAGGCCUCAGUGGACUCGCCUACCUCCCAACAAAUGUCUCCCUCGAUGCUGCACGCUAAAACUCGUGCCCCGAACAUGGCCCGCAUGUCUAGUGACAUGGGCUCUACGCCAAGCGCAAGCGCUGAUGGCUGGACUCCCCCAAAGGUCCGGUUGAAAGAUCUUCCGAAGAAGCUGAAACAAGCCUGCGAGAUCUGUAUUAGUUCGGCAGUCAAGAGCACGGAGGCUUUUGAUGGUGUAGGUGGACAUCGGUUGGUCGUCACCAACAUCUUCGGCACUGCCCAUGCGCAAUUUGGCAAUAUGCUCGUUUUAUCCGCAACUUACAUGUCCAGCCUCAAGGGGCUCGUCGAUGAACAGCUACUCGAUCGCCUGCUCAGACGCACUAUUAGCUUCCUCAUCCAAAGCGAGAACAUCUCCCCCACCCUUCGCGCCGAUGCCCGUAUACUCACCGAGAUCUACGAAAAGAUCUUCAAGCACGCCCCUGACUUGACCCAACCCUCGAACUUGAGCAGCCAAACCCCAAACAUGAGCGGUCAAGCUCCGAGUAUGAGCAGCCAAUCUACAAGCAUGAGUUUCCCCUGA